AUGGAUAAGAGAGUCUGGCAAUGGAAGCGCAGCGUCGGCUCGCAGGAGUUCCUUAUUUCCACGGCCAAAGAGCUCCUGCCGCAUUCGUUCGUCCAGGAAGCCUUUGCUGACAACGCCAUGUUCUGGGCCAAACCGAUGUCAGCAGAGAAUCUCAAGACCAUGCUCGACAACUCAUGCACUCUUGGCCUCUACAGAGUAAAAAGUGAUGGGUCGCAAACGCCUGUUGGUAUGGCACGCAUGGUCACGGACUUUGCUACGCUUGCGUAUCUAACCGAUGUCUACCUGAAGGACGACACACGCGGCCUGGGUUUGGGGAAGUGGGUCAUUCACUGCUGCAGGGAGAUCGCGCUUGACGUUCCCGAUCUGCGGUUCAUGCUGCUGUUGACGGGCUCAGAGCAGGCGCAACAAUGGUACCGGCGCGAGUGUGGGAUGGAAAGGUUUGGAGACGAGCACGCACUGGCCGCCAUGGGCGCUCGGAGGCCUGCUUUGGAGACGAGCACUCGGAGGACGAAACUGGCCGAAGCGAUUGCUGCCUCAAAACACCAAAGCACCGACGCCGCCGCGUAA